CCGGGGGUGCGGCGCUGCGAGGUUCUUGGGGCGGGGCGUGAGCGCGGAGGGUCCGCGGGUCGCACGCGGCCGGGUCGGUGCGCCCUUGGCUGUUGCCGCAGAGCGCUCCUCUGCCUCUCUCAGCCGCGGGAUGCUGCUUCCGGCUUUGGGUGCGCCGUGGGCAGCUGGACUGCGGCCCGGCGGGACGAAGGAGGCCUCGUGGGCUGUCUUCUCUCUCCGCGGCACCCGGGUGGUCGCCGCGCGGGCAGCCUCUUGCAGCGGGCCGGCAGGACCGGCGGGCGGCGGCGGCGGCGGCGCAGGGCUCUGGGGAGCCUCGCGUCUUCCCCCGCGGCCCAGGCGAGCUCAGAUACCUGCUUGGUGGAAAGGAUGUAUUCGAUGUUCACAUACACAGCCUGACAAGUCAGAACAUGGAAGGCUGAUUUAUACUGGAAAUUUGGCCCGUGCGGUAUUUGGUGUGAAAUGUUUCUCUUAUUCUACAAGUGUGCUCAGCCUUACACUUCUACCAUACCUGUUUUCACAAAGUAAUAUAUUUGCAAGUCUGCCUUUGCAAGUCCUAUUUUAUGGUUGUAUAGGAAGCUUUACAGUGGUUACGCCAGCACUGCUUCAUUUUCUUACAAAAGGCUAUGUCAUUCGGUUGUACCAUGAGGCCACAACGGACACUUAUAAAGCCAUUACUUACAAUGUUGUGCUUUCGGAAACAAGCACAGUGUUUCACCAAAAUGAUGUGAGGAUUCCAGACAGCAUGCAUGUGUUUACCACAUUUUAUGCAAAAACAAAAUCAUUGUUAGUUAAUCCAGUGCUUUUUCCAAAUCCUGAAGACUAUAACCAUUUAAUGGGUUAUGACAAACCAUUUACUUUUGAUACAGAAGACGGUGAGAAGAAACAGCUCGAAGAUGAGAAAUGAGCCUGUUUUUAUAUGUGCGUUCAAAUGUAAUUUAUGUUUCCAGGUAUAAAAUUGCAUUUACUUUUUUUUUUUGUGGAACCGGGAAUUGAACUCAGGCCCUUACGCUUGCCAGAGAA